CCAAUGUUUGGGAUGGAUUGUAUACACCUGUGUCCAUGGAGGGGAUUGGAACACCUGAAUCACAUGAUUGGGAGGGGAUUGGGACACCUAAAUCACAUGAUAUGGAGGGGAUUGGAACACCUGAAUCACAUGAUUGGGAGGGGAUUGAAACACCUGAAUCACAUGAUAUGUAGGGGAUUGGAACACCUGAAUCACAUGAUGUGGCGGGGAUUGGAACACCUGAAUCACAUGAUGUGGAGGGGAUUGGAACACCUGAAUCACAUGAUAUGGAGGGGAUUGGAACACCUGAAUCACAUGAUUGGGAGGGGAUUUGAACACCUGAAUCACAUGAUAUGUAGGGGAUUGGAACACCUGAAUCACAUGGUUGGGAGGGGAUUGGAACACCUGAAUCACAUGCUUGGGAGGAGACUGGAACACCUGAACCAUUCAUCACAGAGGAGAUCAAGGAACAGA